AUGACUCACGUAGUGCUGUUGGCAUGUUAUGCUGGCCUCCUCGCUAGCACCGCCGCGCCACACUUUUCAUUGGCGCUUUCCCUUCGCUCUGGCACGGCGACGUCUCAGCAAAACAGCCUCCGCACAAAUUUAUUUGCAUCCGGCCAAGUUUCCCUGCGAACGAACACCGUAGCCGAAGAGAGAACUCCAGACUGCCUGGACAUCAUAAACAACCUAAGGGGCGAAAAUCUCAAGGGUUUAUUGGAGACCCUCGAUACGGCAAAGGCCAGCGAUGUAACUGAAAGCCUGAAGACGAUCUCAAUAGAGGAUCCCGCAAACCCUACUGCCGAUAAAAUUGCAGUAAAGCUUGCAGGAGACAGUAACACAUGUGACUUGGGCAAAAACGCGAAUGCGGAGAAGUAUCCCGGACUCGUGAUUCCAUUCACGCACGAGACGCAAUUCAAGUGCAGCGCUUUGAUCCAGGCGACUUACACAGCCGGACUUAACCACCUCAAACAGUCGAACUUCGAACCCUCAGCAGGAACAUAUGAUGUUAAAACUGCUCCAUUCAAUAACGUAGACGCCAGCAAUGUGGCGUUUCUACUGUCGGAGAAAAGCAAAAAGGUCUCAUGUGCCGUCACCAACAACUGCAGUGCUGGCUACAACGUUUUAUUCUGCUACUUCAUAGACCCACUUCAAAAAGGGGAUAAGCCUUUCACAACUGAGCUGUAUAAUGCCCUCUGGGGAUUGGAAACGGGCGCAGCGUUCAUUUCGGUUCCCAGCGUUGCCACCGUUCUUCUCGUCCUCGCGUUGAUGAUUCGGGCUUGA